AAAGGAAAGUUGCAGGAGCUGGGGGCUUAUGUUGAUGAAGAGCUCCCUGAUUAUAUUAUGGUUAUGGUGGCCAAUAAGAAGAGUCAGGAGCAGAUGACAGAAGACCUUUCCCUUUUCCUUGGAAACAAUACUGUCAGGUUUACUGUCUGGCUCCAUGGUGUUUUGGAUAAGCUGCGAUCUGUGACUACUGAACCAACUAGUGUAAAGUCUUCAGAAUCUAGUAUCUUUGAGAGCAACCUUCCUUCCAGCAAAAGCAGCUCCUGUGUGAGUGAUGAGAGGAGGUGUGAGGAUGUCUUGCCACCCCUUGCAGUAUCCAGCACUCGGGCUGAAAGAAACGACACCAGAGUUUCAACCAGCUCACAGGAGCAGAGGAGCACUGCGGCACGGCAGUCUUGUGAAGAUGGUUCUGCAUCUCGCUUAACGUCUACAGUCAAGCCUUUGAGGGAAUUGUCACCUUCUGAAGCUGUAAUUGACAUUAAACCUGAACCAGAUGAUCUAAUUGAUGAAGACCUGAACUUUGUGCAGGAGAAUCCUUUGUCACGGAAGAAACCCAUAGUGACUGUAACUUACGGCUCGUCCCGUCCCUCCGCCGAGCUCUACCGCCCCCCGGCCAGCAGGAGUGCCGAGGGCAGUGUGCACCUGGCCAGGGUGUCACAGCAGGGCACCUCCCAGGGGAGCAGGCAGUUAGACACACAGAGCUGCAGGUCCUUGGACACAGGCCAGCUGUGCAGUCCAGAAGCAUUUGGCAGCUUAGCAGAAGGUUACAGACCCACCUCCAAACUCGGUGCUGAUAAAGUAGGCAGUGAGGAGGAAAGCUCCAGGAAGAGGAGGUUGCCUGUUGUAAGUUCGGUAGUCAAAGUGAAGAAGUUCUGUAAUGAUGGGGAAGAUGAGGAGGAAGAGGAAGACUACGGAUCCCGAACAGGAAGCAUCUCCAGCAGUGUGUCUGUUCCUGCAAAGCCAGAAAGAAGGCCUUCAUUGCCACCUUCAAAACAGGCCAAUAAGAAUUUGAUACUGAAAGCAAUCUCUGAAGCACAGGAAUCAGUUACAAAAACAACCAAUUAUUCCUCCGUUCCACAGAAACAAACUGUUCCAGUUGCACCAAGAACUCGAAUUAGCCCAGAAGAGUCUCAGUUAGAAGUAAUUCAUGUGCAAAACAGACUGCCUGUUCUGAGUUCUCAGCUUGAAGUAGAAGAGCCAAAGGAGCAGACAGAUGAAGGAAUUCAAGGAGUUGAACAAAAGGAACUCUCUUCUCGGCUCCAGAUGGAUCCUACGAUUGAAGAUACCUUGCAAGUGACACAAGAUUACUGUGAUGCAGAAUCUAUGGUCCACUCGGAUACUAGGUCGUUUAUCCUGAAGAAGCCCAAGUUGUCUGAGGAGAUAGCCCCACAGAAUCAGCAGUUGGGAAGGAAGGGCACAGAGGCAGUGCGAGUACACUCGGGACGUCUAAUACAGACACGAGACCAACUUGCACAGCCAGAGAAACCUGCUAGUCCCAAGUUCAUCGUGACGCUGGACGGCGUGCCCAGUCCGCCAGGAUACCUCUCUGAUCAGGAAGAGGAAGAUAUGUGUGUAAUGGAAGGAUUAAAGCCUGUUGCCCAAAACAUGUGUGCCAGCACAGGAUUAAAAGGCCUUCAAGCACAGCAGAUGCAAAUUGUAACGAGGCAGCUAGACAACUGUGAUGGUAAUUAUGCUACCAACAGGAGUGCAUUGCCAUGUAGUCCUCUCUCUCUUAAGGAUUCCCCUGUGAGGAGCAGGGAUGUGGCUGAGGUUCACACAGAACCAGAUCUGUGUGGAAGUGAUCAGUACAAGCAGUUGGACAUGGAAGAGUUAAAUAUGCUGCAAAAACAGGAGAAGGUGCUGGAGCGCUGCAAGUACUGGCCGGCCUGUAAAAACGGAGACGAGUGUGUGUACCAUCACCCCACCCUGCCUUGCAAAGUUUUUCCUAACUGCAAAUUUGCUGAUAAGUGCUUGUUCAUCCAUCCAAACUGUAAAUACGAUGCCAAGUGCACUAAGCCAGACUGUCCUUACACUCACGCCAGUCGACGAACUCCCCACCCAGCUCCUAAACCAGCACCAUUGCCCACACUGUCUAUAUCUUCCAGUAGUCCACUCUGCAAGUUUUUUCCUGCUUGUAAGAAAAUGGAAUGUCCAUUUUACCAUCCAAAACAUUGUAGGUUUAAUACCCAGUGUACAAGGCCAGACUGCACUUUCUACCAUCCCACUGUUGCUGUACCUCCACGCCAUGCCUUGAAAUGGACUCGAACUCAGACCAGUGAAUGAACAUGAUAUGACCUGGAACUGAGCUUUGCCUCCUCUGGACAGCAGCAGAAGGGAAGAUUAAGCACCAGAGCACAGGAUGUUAGACAAGAUUCAUGCAUUUGGGACUUUGAAUAUACAUUGUUUUCAUAAAACAAGGGUGAUUGCAUACUUGAAAUGUCUCUAAUUUUCCAAGUUUGUAAGUUUGGGCAAUUUUACAUUUUUUUUACACUGUAAGAAGAAAAUGUCUGUGUAAGAAAAGGUUUACUUUAAAUUCCAUUAAAAACGUUCAAAGCA